AUGAUCCGGAAUCUCGGUAAAUAUUUGCAUAAUUUAAAACCAGAAUAUGACGAUGAUGUAGUGGACAGAUGUAAUUACUUGCUAACAAAUAUUAUACUUCUCUUAUGUGCCAUUACAGUCGCUGCAAAGCAAUAUGUUGGCGAGCCUUUGCAGUGUUGGAUGCCUUCUGAAUUUAAGGAUAUAAAAGAUCGCAAUCAGCGUCAAAUACACUAUUAUCAGUGGACACCAUUUAUUCUUGCUUUUCAAGCGUUACUAUUUGUAACACCAAGAACCAUUUGGAAAAUUGGUAGUCGACAAAUAGGAUUGAAUAUGAAAGCAAUUAUUAAUGCAACAAUUCUGACAAAAAAAGUUGGCAAAAAACAAUUUUUAAAAAAGGAAAAUGUGCACAACUCGGACAAUUUAAUGCGCCAGGCCCGAGCUAUUUAUUAUUUGAUGGCUUUUAAUAGAAAAAAAAUUCACUGUAUGAAUUUAAAAGUUCAUAUUACGAUAUUAUAUUUAUCCUGCAAAAGUUUGAAUGCGCUUAAUGUCAUUGGGCAGUUUUACGUAUUGAAUCACUUCUUUGGGAUGCAUUAUUCAUUAUGGGGAUUCGGAGUACUAAAAGAUCUAAUACAAGGCCGAGAAUGGUCUGUAAGUGGCAACUUUCCAAGGGUUACUUUUUGUGAUGUACAAGUGCGUGAAAUUGGCAAUACGAAUCGUAAAACUGUUCAAUGUGUUCUAAUAAUUAAUAUGUUCAAUGAAAAAAUAUUCAUUAUCCUUUGGUUUUGGCUAAUACUUUUAAGCAUUUUAACAAUAAUUAAUUUAAUUUAUUGGAUUGUGAUAAGUGUGACAUUCCAUAAUAUUCAUAUACCAAAUGAAGAACUUGACAACUUUAUAUCUCAAUUUCUUGGAAAGGAUGCACUCACAGUAUUACAUUUGGUAAGUGAUAAUGCUGGCGAAUUAGUAGCAGCUGAACUUUUUGUGGCUUUGUGGAGUAUUUAUCAAGAAGACAAAGAAUUGGAAGAGAACAAAAAUGAAAAGUGA